AAAAGUGUGGAACUGUGUUAUCUUGUAAAAUUAAAAAAGAUAACUUUCAAGUCAAGUAGAAUAAUUGAAAAAGGAAAUGAGGAAUGUGUAAUUUGUUAUUCAUAUAUUUAUACCGGUUGACUUCAAUUGACUGGCAAUGUCUCUUGUUUCGAAGUUUCGUGGAUUUUUAUGGCGACAUAAAAACAAGUUAAUUUUUGGUAGUGCCUUUAUUGCUGGAUCAGUGUACCUAACAAAAUAUGCACAACGGAGAUUGAAAGAAUGGCAAGAUAAGGAAGCUACAGAAUUUUUUGAUAGGAAUCGUAAAUACAGCCAUUUCCAAAGUAUAGGACAAACCAGUAAUCAAACUGUGUCCAACUUAUCAAUAGCACUCCUAGAUAUAAUCAAUGAAACUGUUGAUACUGAUGAAGUCAUUGAAGCACUCAAGAAAAACCCUGAGAAGAAGCUAGAAAUGUGGAAUACUCUAAAGGUAUUGGUAUUCACCAAAGCUGCUGUUAUUAUAUAUUCAAUGGUAAUGCUGGUUGUUACAUUGAAAAUACAACUAAGUCUCAUUGGAGGACAUCUAUACAAAAAUCCCAAUUCUGUUUCAACUGACAUGCAGGAAAAAUAUUUGUCUCUAUGCAAAAAUUUUCUCAAUGAUGGAGUGAAGAAAUUAACCAAUAUUGCAACCAUAGAAAUGACAAAAUGUGUUGAAAACCUAGAAUUGAGUAAGCAACUGAAAUUGAGUGACAUAGAAGCAAUAUACUGGUCUAUUCAGACUGCUUUAGCUACACAUGUUGACAGCCCAGUAGAAAAUUUCAAAGAUUACAUUCUUCCUGACAACUCUGCUAGUUCUAGUUCAAUUUAUGACCAACUACUGAGAGAUACAGCAGACUUUCUUGAUAGUGAUGAGGUAAAAUCACUUUCUACACAUUGUAUUAACAGAGGGUUCAUUUUACUUGGAGAUCAAGUGGCAGAAUUUUACAAUCAGAGUAGCAUGGUCACAUCCACCAACAAUCAGCAAGAAUCAUUCCAAAACCCAUUUGAAAUGAAGAAACCUUUAGCCAAAUUGAUACCAAUUAUAAAUGGUCUAUUGUCAAAACAAUCUCUACCACAACAUUUUGUCCAACAGCUAAUUACCAAUGAAAAAUUACAGAUAUUGAGUGCCAAUAUAUAUGAGAGUUUAAUGUGAAGAAAAGGUGAAAAAGUAUCAAGAGAAUUAUUAAUAAAUGGCCUAAAUGGGACUGAGAGUUCAUGAGAAUAUUGAAAAUGAGUUGCUCAAGAGGAAUUGGAUAUUGUUAUAAUAAGGGUUCACUGGUUUUAUUUUAGGUAAUCUUUCUAACAGAAGGUAUAAAUAAAUGUAAUGUGUGGCCUCAGCAACUAGGCCACCUCUAUAUCAUUGGGAUCAUUUUGAAAUUUUUAUUUUACCAUUUCUGGGGUAUGGAGACUAUCCUACAUACAUCUUUGGCAUAUGUUUUUUGAUUCUGUGCUUGAAUUCGUAAUUGAUAUUGACAAAUAAUGUGGCAAUAAAAAACUGGAAAAUAUUCUUCAAGAAUAAUAACAUGUCCCACAAAUAUUCCAUUUCCCAAUAAAUAGAAAACAUCUUGUGCUGGUGACACAGUAUUGUAAUACAGUACCAGUUGAAAAUCAACACUUGAUGUUAGUACCCAGAAUGGCUCACUCAAAUUAAAAAUAACAAAAUUUGCAGAUCAAUUUAAAACAUUUUGGAGGCUUCAUGUUGAACCAUAGAUUUUUGAAGACUGGUUAUACAUUUUCAAAUAUAGCUAAUGCUUUCAUUUACUCAAGAUAAUAUUUAUCUUAAGAG